GUGUGUGUGUGUGUGUGUGUGAGAGAGAGAGAGAGAGAGAGCGCUCGUGCUCGUUCGGCAGUUUCUCGUCUAGCGUCACUUCAUCUGCGGCGUCGCGCGCUUACGGUUUUCUCCUCCUUAUCCCGGCAUCGGCUUCUUUCCCAUCCAACUCCUCAGCUUGGAAACACACGCACACGCACACACUUACAGUGUCGCUUAGAGCGGAUAACAAACCUAGUUAUUUCUGCUACUCCUUGGAAAAGAGAGACACCAUGGGGAAACAGAACAGCAAGCUGACCCCUGAGGUGCUGGAUGACCUGGUAAAGAGCACAGAGUUUAAUGAGCAUGAGCUAAAGCAGUGGUACAAAGGCUUUCUAAAAGACUGCCCCAGCGGCCGCCUGAAUCUUGAGGAAUUUCAGCAGUUAUAUGUGAAGUUUUUCCCCUACGGCGAUGCAUCAAAGUUUGCCCAGCACGCCUUUCGGACCUUCGACAAAAAUGGAGAUGGCACCAUUGACUUCAGGGAGUUUAUCUGUGCUCUGUCCAUUACAUCAAGAGGCAGUUUCGAACAGAAACUAAAUUGGGCCUUCAACAUGUAUGACCUGGAUGGAGACGGCAAGAUUACACGAGUAGAAAUGCUGGAGAUUAUUGAGGCGAUCUACAAAAUGGUGGGCACUGUGAUCAUGAUGAAGAUGAACGAGGAUGGGCUUACCCCCGAGCAACGGGUCGACAAAAUCUUCAGCAAGAUGGAUAAGAACAACGAUGACCAGAUCAGUUUGGAGGAGUUCAAAGAGGCAGCAAAGAGCGACCCAUCCAUCGUAUUACUGCUGCAGUGUGACCUGCAAAAAUAAGCAUGGCGUCCGAGUGAAACGCCAGAGACUGUGCCGAAGAUCAGUGUUCCAUUCAGUUUGCAGCUAUUUCCACUGAGAAAAAAAUAUGCUUGGACUACCUUUCAAUAGAUCUGCUUUCUGUGUUUGAAACACUUGUGUGCAUGAGAAUGUUCUUUGCUAACAAAUUUUAGAUGUGCACAGACAGAAGCACACACUUCCAAACACACACACACACACACACACCCACACACUAAACAAGCUCUCACCAUAUAAAAAAUUUAAAUAGAAUCGAAUAGAUGCAUAAACUUCAAAUCAACUGCCAAUAUGUGAAGUGUGAGAACAUACAUUUCCAUACAGUCUUGUUCAUUUAGAACUUGAACAUGCUCUACUGACAUACACGACCACUUAUUGUACCACAAUACCAAUGCUUGCUAAGUGUAUAAUAAUACUGUUUAAUGUUAAACAAAUCAGAUCCAUUGGUAACAGGACAUAUUUCAGAUUUUUCAGUUAUUAUACUGUGUGAGUAGACAUUCGCGUUCAUAUUAAAACAAAACAUUGUUUCUGUGUAACUGAAAUAUUAGGAACAGCUGUUUACUAUGAUAUGCAAAGUCCAUGAUGAUAAAAGGGAUAUGUUUUUUUUCUGCAUAAGUUUAAAAUUAGUUUUGGCUAGAUGUUGACCGAUGGAUUUUACCAAUACAGAUAGCUAGGUUGAAUCGUACUUGCUGAAAACCGAUUAAUCAACUGAUAGUUUAAAAAAGAAAAAUACACUCCAUGUAAAAUAGUACAGAACCUUAUUACAAAAAAAAGUACUGAUCAUGAAAAUGUGCUAAAUGCAUGUGGUGUCAGUGAUUCAUCUAUAGAGGCCUAUAUCACACUGUAUAUUGACAGCAGACCUUCUCAGUCGCUCCAGCAACCUGGAAAAACUAUCAGUAUGGAUUUUUGCUAAUAGCUGAUAGUUCCAGCAAUCAACUAUCAGUGCAAAACCAAUUAAUCUGUUGACCUCUAGUUUUGGCGUCUGCGCCAGUAAUGAGAAGCCUUAGAUAAUUAUUGGCACCCUGUGCAGCAUUUGUUCACUUUGAAACAAAAUAACAUUUGAGACUAAAAAACAAAUUUUAAGUUUUAUUAUAAGGUACUGAAAUCUGCACACACGAUUGUACGAAGUAGACUCUACUUGUGAGAAAACGUUUUCACAGUUACUCAUACAUGCGAGAUGAGAUUAUUAUUAUUGUUAUUGAGAUGCCCUUAAACAGUAUAUUGUGUGAACUAUAAACUGCAUAUCACUGUUAAUGAAAUAUUCAGAUAUUGUUUCGGCCGCAUUUAAUUCACCGGGAGUUACGAGAGAACCUCUAGAGGGUUUAGAUAAAUCAAAAAUAACGAACUAGACCACACAAAGUAAUAAUUAAAUUGUCAGUCCACAUUCCUAGACCAGUCUGCAUCGUUUAUUCAGCUUGGCUUGUCAAACACGAGUUUGAUUUUGAUCUCAAAUGUCCUGUUGUUAAUAAGCGCUUUGCACACACUGUUUUACAUUAACGUUUUCUCGCUUUACUCUGCCACCAGAUUUGUGCGAUAGCAAAACGGUUUUCAUUAUUUUGUAUAUGUUGCAUGUAUAUGUGUCUCUGAUGCCAUGGCUGCACUUCUCCCUGUGAUGUGAUUUAAAUGAAUAAAACAAUAUAUGGCCCUUU